UACAAAUUUUGGGGCGAAAUAAUUUUGAGUGUUUAUGCGUGGUUAUAGUGCAUUAUUUUAUGAAUUUGUGAAAAAUUAAUAGUUUUAAUUGAUUUAUUAAUUAUGCCUAGUAACACUCGUAUCCUACUUCAGCUCUGUUAAUCAGUAAACUAGUCAUUUGGAGUGGCGUGAGGCAGAAUGUACAUAAAACAAGUUAUUAUUCACGGAUUCAAAAGUUACAGAGAACAAACUGUCGUAGAACCGUUUGAUCCGCGUCAUAAUGUCGUCGUUGGUCGUAACGGCUCAGGAAAGAGUAACUUCUUCUAUGCUAUACAGUUCGUUCUCAGCGAUGAAUUUUCCAACUUGAGGCCAGAGCAACGUCAUGCUUUACUACACGAAGGUACCGGACCUCGAGUUGCCAGCGCUUACGUGGAAAUCAUUUUCGAUAACAAAGACAAUCGUUUACCGAUCGAAAAAGAUGAAGUUGUUCUCAGACGUUUAAUUGGUGCGAAAAAGGAUCAAUAUUUUCUCAACAAGAAAGUAGUCACUCGUUCCGAUGUAACAAAUUUGUUAGAAUCGGCUGGUUUCUCCCGGUCGAAUCCCUACUACAUUGUCAAACAAGGAAAAAUCAACCAAAUGGCCACCGCUCCGGAUUCUCAUCGUUUGAAGCUUCUAAGAGAGGUUGCCGGUACUCGAGUUUACGAUGAAAAGAAGGAAGAAUCUACCAACAUUCUUAAAGAUACCGAAGGGAAAUUGGAAAAAAUCGACGAGUUUUUGCACACCAUUGAAGAACGUCUACAAACUCUCGAAGAAGAGAAGGAAGAAUUGAAAGAAUAUCAAAAAUGGGACAAACUCCGUCGAUCUCUGGAAUAUUGUAUUCACGAUCGCGAUCUCAAAGAUACUAAACGAAAACUGGAAGAGUUGGAGAACAGAUUGAAUAAUUUUGAUGAAGAACAGAAAAAAUUAACCAGUCAAGUAAAAGACGCUGCUGACGAGGCCAAACGUGCCACUAAACAUUUAAAAGAUGCUAAAAAAGAUGUCCAAACUGCCAAAGAAGAGAAAGAAACAAUUAGCGUUGAAAAAGAACAACUUCUCAAAGAAAAAACCAGACUGGAUUUCAUUAUUAAAGAUCUUAAUGACGAAGUUUUAGGCGAUAAUAAAUCCAAAGAUCGCGCUGAACAAGAACUGAAAAAAUUAGAGGAAACUAUUAAAAGCAAAGAAAAAGAAUUGGAAGAAUUAAAACCAAAGUACGAAGCUCAAAAGAAGAAAGAAGAAGAUUGUACACGAGAAUUAUCUCUGAAAGAACAAAAAAGGAAAGAAUUAUACGCCAAGCAAGGCAGAGGAUCUCAAUUUACUUCCAAAGAUGAACGAGAUCAGUGGAUUCAAAAAGAAUUGAGAUCUUUAAACAAACAAAUCAAAGAUAAAACGGAACAUCGAGAUAAAUUGGAUGCUGAACUAAAAAAAGAUAUGGCUAAUAAGAAAAGGCUCAAUGAACAAAUUGAGGCACAAACUGCUGAAUUAGAGCGUCAAAGAGCUGCUAUCGAUGAUUAUAAUAAACAGUACUACGAACAUAAGAAAAAUAAAGAUUCGUAUCAGAGUCAAAGAAAUGAAUUGUGGCGUAAAGAAAAUACUUUACAACAUACGUUGACUUCUUUGAAAGAAGAAUUAGCCAAAGCUGACCAGGCUUUGCGUAGCAUGGCCGGAAAGGCUAUUCUGAACGGUCGUGACAGUGUUCGAAAAGUUUUAGAAACAUUUCGUCAACGAGGCGGUAAUUUUGCGAAUCUAGCCGAUAAUUACUACGGCCAAGUUAUCGAGAAUUUUCAGUGCGAUACAAAUAUUCAAACUGCUGUUGAAGUGACCGCCGGUGGAAGAUUAUUUUUCCAUAUCGUCGAAUCCGAUAAAAUUGGUACUCAAAUAUUGAAAGAAAUCAACAACCAGAAAUUGCCUGGAGAAGUGACAUUCAUGCCUUGUAAUCGUAUGACAGUUCGAGAUAUUAAAUAUCCGCCUUCGAACGAUGCAAUUCCAAUGGUGAACAGAUUAGAAUACGACACGAAGCUGGAUAAAGCCAUGAGGUACAUUUUUGGCCGAACUUUGAUCUGCCGUAAUUUGGAAAUUGCCACUAAUAUUUCGAAACAGUAUAAUCUAGAUUGUAUCACAAUCGACGGUGAUCAGGUGUCUUCCAAAGGUACAUUGACCGGAGGAUAUUUUAAAAACGUUAGAUCUAAAUUGGAAAUCCAAAAACAACGUAACGAAUUCAUGGAAAAAAUCCGAGACGCCGAAGAACAGUUGACAGCUUUGAGAGAACAGUUGCGAGAUAUCGAAACCAAAAUAAACGUAGUUGUUACUGAAAUGCAGCGUACCGAGACCAAAAAUAGUAAAGCGAAAGGCAACUUCGAUAAAUUGAAAGCAGAUAUUAGAUUAAUGAAAGAAGAGUUGUUAGGUAUCGAAAGAUAUCAAGGACCCAAGGAACGUUCGCUUACUCAAGCUGCAUCCAAUUUGGAAGCCAUGCAAACCACUAAAGAAGGUUUAGAAGCUGAACUACACCAAGAAUUACUAGCACAGUUGUGUGUCGCUGAUCAACAUGAAAUGGAUAAGCUCAAUGAUGACAUCAGAAGGUUAACGCAGGAAAAUAAGACCGCUUUCGCUACUAGGAUGAAACUAGAAGCUGACAAAAAUAAAUUGGAGAAUCUGCUGACGAAUAAUUUGGUUCGAAGAAGAGAUGAAUUGGUGCAGGCUCUUCAAGAAAUAUCCUUAGAAGAGCGGAAAAGAACGCUGGAAAAUAGUCGACAAGAAUUGACUGGUAUUGAGAAAAGACUCGAACAGCUCAAUAAAGAUUUCAAAGACAUGGACAAAAAAGUUCAAGAGGCUGUUAAAAGACAAAAAAACGCCCAAGAAGAGAUGGAAAAAUGGCGACUGCUUGAAAAAGAAGCGCAAGAAAAAUUAGACAACGAUGCUAAAGAUUUAUCUAAAGUUUCUCAAAAACAAUCUCUGCUCCGGCAGAAAGUCGAAGAAUGUACAAAUAAAAUCAGCGAACUGGGUGCUAUACCGAAUCCUGAAAUGAUAAGCAAAUAUAUGGCAUAUUCGCAGAAGAAUCUUUUCAAAGAACUGGAGAAAGCCAACAGUCAUUUGAAAAAGUACAGCCAUGUGAACAAAAAGGCUUUAGAUCAGUUUAUGAGUUUCUCGGAACAGAAAGAGAAAUUAGUCAGUCGUAAACAGGAAUUAGAUAAAGAAUUAGAUAAAAUUAAAGAUUUAAUGAGAGGAUUAGAACAGCAGAAAUGUCACGAUAUUGAAUUCACCUUCAAACAAGUAUCUUUGAAUUUUUCCGAAGUUUUCAAGAAGUUGGUCCCGGGUGGACAUGCUCUAUUGGUGAUGAAAUCUGCCGAUGGAGAGGAAUGUCGUAGAUCAGAAGAAAUCAACGCCGAUAGCUUUUCCGGUGUCAUGAUCAGGGUAUCAUUCACCGGUCGUGGUGAGAUGAGGGAAAUGAAUCAGUUAUCGGGAGGACAGAAAUCAUUAGUAGCUUUGGCUUUGAUAUUCUCCAUUCAAAAAUGUGACCCGGCUCCGUUCUAUUUAUUCGAUGAAAUUGAUCAGGCUUUGGAUGCGCAACACAGAAAAGCUGUUGCUGAUAUGAUUCACGAAAUGAGCAAAGAUGCCCAAUUUAUUACUACAACUUUCAGACCGGAAUUGCUGCAGCAUGCUAAUAAAUUCUACGGAGUGAAAUUCCGAAAUAAAGUAAGUCACGUGGAAUGUGUAACGAAAGAAGAAGCGUACGAUUUCGUUGAAGAUGAUACAACUCACGGUUAGAAUUUAGUUCAUCGAUUCAUCAUAUUUUUUAUUGUUUUUGUUUUUUACUUGGCAAAAAAUUUGUAUGUAUUAUUUGAACGAUUGUCGUUUUUUUCCUCAACAUUUGGUUUAUGUUUUUAACGAUUGAUUGAUUGAUUUUUUUUUUUUAAUAAAUGGUUUUAGUUUUGUAAAUAAGAUAUCUUUUUAAAUAUAUUUUUGUAGUAUAUUCCAUUGA